UACAAUCUUCCAUAUUAUUAAUACUGAAAGUUAGUUUUAAAUAAUUCGAUAUAAGUUUAAACUUGACAAUAGGACUGUGGAAUUAUUUAUAAUUUUUAUCAACUCUAACCUAUCACCUCAAAUGCUAUACGUGAUAAAAAUAAAUAUUUGGCUCAACGUUUUCUCUCUGUAUCAUUAAUUCGUCAGUUUCAGUACAUAGUUUUCAGAUAAAAAUAUACAUUAUAAAUAAUUAAUUGGUAGUAUUGUUGUUGAUAAUUAUUGAAAUGUUUAUAAUAUGACAAGAUCUUGGUUAUUAUAAAAUAAUACUAUAUUUUAAAUAGGUUAUUAAAGAGUUAAUAUAAUUAAUUGAAGACUGUUUUUCAAUAAUAAUGAGUAGUCAGAUAAAAGAAUCGCAUUCAAAAUGGAUAUGCGAAUAUUGUACUUAUGAAAACUGGCCGUCGUCGUUGAAAUGCACGAUGUGCAGAGGUUCAAAACCCCUGUUAGGAGAAGACAUCUACAGGUUACGUGAUCAAAAUCCACAGAGAUCCGGAUCAAAUGACGCGUCUGGUCCAGUACCAUUGAGUUCAUCAACGGAUUUAUGUAAUUUUAGUUUACAAAAUAUUCAUAGUCAAAAUGUACCUUCUGGUGGUAAUUGGUCAUGUGAAUUAUGCACUUAUCUUAAUUAUAAUAAUGCAAUACGUUGUAUCCAGUGUAAUAGUAAAAAACCAGUUAAUAUAAAUCAACAAGUAUAUUCAGCUUCAAAUUUGCACGAACAUUUAGCACCGUUGAGAUUAAGUGAUCCGCCGCCGCCCCAACCGUCGCCGACACCUCCACCCAACUCUGGACAGAAUAUAUCGACACUAACAAAUACAAAUAUUGAUAAAUGGUCCUGUCUUGUUUGUACUUAUGAAAAUUGGCCGAAAGCUAGUAAAUGUGUUAUGUGCGGGUUCUUAAAAGAACGGGAUAAAAAAGAUAAAUCUUCAAAUUCUUGUCUGAUACUACCGAGUCCUGAGAAGGAUCAUAAUCAAAGAGGUUUACCUUCGCCUCCUCAGCCGUUUAUUCAUCAGGCUCAGCGAGAUGAGAAUUCAGCUAUGGCUAAACGAAGUUCACAUCGAUUUGAUCCUAGAAAUGAUUCUUUGCCGAUUAAUCAAAAUCCUAAUGAUUGUGAUUAUGAAGGCAGACUUAAACAACUUAGACGUCAUACUGAUUGGUGUUGGUUGAAUGCUUGUCUUGGUAUUGUUGAAGGUGACAAUCCACCGGUAGAAGCAUAUUUAGCAAGUGGUGGAGAUCCAGCUCGUCAAUUGACCCAUUCCGAAGUUUCAUUACUUAACAGAAAUAGUGCCUUUGAUGUUGGACAUACUCUUGUCCAUUUGGCCAUCAGAUUUCAACGUGAAGAUAUUUUAGCAACAUUAUUAUCACAAAUAGAAGGCUCUGGUUCUGGUAUCAAAAGAGUACCGAGUUAUGUUGCUCCAGAUUUAGCUGCUCAGAUACGUAGACAUGUUGCAAAUAGUAUUCGUUUACGUAAAGGUUCACUUUCCUGUUAUUUUGUAACAGACAUGGCAACAUUUGCGCUACCUGCCGAGGUCGAAGAUCUUCCAAGUUCUGUCCAAGAACAAAUGCUUGAAGAAUUGCUGGAUCGGGAAGCUCAGCAACAGUUAGAAGGAAGUGAUGGUGAACCACCAGCUCUUAAUUGGUCAUUAGAAAUAACUGAGCGAUUGGGCAGUCGUUUACACGCUUUGUGGAAUCGUUCUGCUGGCGACUGCUUAUUAGACUCUGUAAUGCAAGCAACCUGGGGUGUUUUCGAUCGCGAUAAUACUCUCAGACGAGCGCUUGCUGAUUCACUACAACAAGCUGGUCAAUAUUUUUACCCUCGAUGGCGACAAUACGAAGCAUCUCAAGCAUCAAGAAUGUUGGAUUUUACUCUAGAGGAAGCUCAAUGGCAGGAUGACUGGGAAAAUUUAUUAGCUACUGCUGCACAGCCAGGAAGUGCAUUGGAACAAUUGCAUGUUUUUACUCUUGCCCAUAUUUUAAGAAGGCCUAUUAUUGUUUAUGGAGUUAAAUAUGUAAAGAGUUUUCGGGGAGAAGAUAUAGGAUACGCAAGAUUCGAAGGAGUAUAUUUACCUUUACUGUGGGAACCUUCUUUUUGUAUUCGCUCGCCAAUAGCACUAGGUUACACACGUGGGCAUUUUACAGCUCUCGUACCAAUAGAACCAUAUGCAUCUUCAAGAUUGUCAUCAUUGCCGUCUCAUGGCAGCGUUGGAGUUGGAGGUGGAAACAGUCCAAUGCAGCAACAAUUACAAAUUCAAAUGCAAACAACUUUUAUGCCUUUAAUGGAUAGAGAACGUAAAUUAUUACCAAUUCAUUUUUUAACUCCCGAAGAAAUUGGUAGAGAAGAAACAAUAUUGAAACAAUGGCUUGAUGUUUGUACUACAGAGGGUGGUAUUCUUGUAGCCCAACAAAAAUUACACAAAAGGCCACUUCUUGUUGCCCAGAUGUUGGAAGAAUGGCUCAAUCAUUAUCGUCGAUUAGUUCAAAUGAAUAAUGCACCAUUUGUAAGACCAGUAGUUCAACAAGAAUACAGUAGCGACGGUGAUACUGAAGACGAAUAACACUCGGCAGCCGCAAUAUGUUGAGCCAACUGGUUUCGCAACUAAGCAGGAAAUAAUUCCACGGGACUUUUCAUCACCUUGUGCUAUGUACUGACAUGUACGUCAAUAACUAAUCGAUAAAUCAGUAAUUUAUUAAUUAUUUUCAAAAUUACCAGUAUAAAAAGACCCCUUAAUUAUUAUUUUUAUUUUUAUUUAUUUAUUAAAAAAUUAUUUAUAUUUUUGAAUAGAUGGAAAUAUAAAAGUAUCAUAGCUAGACAAUCAAAUUACAAGUAGUCUCUAGGUAUAUAUAAUUUUUUUAAUUAAUUACUUUACUUUAUAUUAUUUCUUUAUAAUUAUUUAUUUGAUAGAAAAAAAAAUUUAAUGCGAAAUCGAACUCCUGGUUUGGAAAAUUAACGAGUGUCAAUGUAGCAGACAUCAGAAAAAUUUAUAAUUAUAAAUAAAUAAUUUAAAAAAUAAUAUUUGAAAAAAAUGCACUCAUUAAUUUAAAAAUUUUUUAAAUGCGCAUUUUUUUUUAAUUUUAGUUUAUUAAUUAUUUGCUCUAAUUAUUAAUUUAAAAUUUUUCUGAUGUCUGCUACAUUCACACUCACGGAAAAUUAUUAUAAUUUUGUCUGAAUUUUUAAAAUUAAAAUUAAACCUUCGAUCUUUAAAAGUCUAUGAAUAUUUAAGGCGUUAUUAUAAAAUCGAAUUUAAUAUAUCGAGUAGCAGGAAAAAAUUAACAUGCGCAUUAAUAAGCGUCAUUGGCCUAGUUACUACUUUUUAAAUAAAAAUGUAUCUCUACUAUAUAUUUUCUAGUUAUGAAUUUGUUUGUUUAUUUUAUAUUUAAAAACUCCCGCCAAUUGACAAAGUUGUGAUUUUUAUUUUUAAAUAAAAAUUGAACUGAUAAAAAUUUUUACUUUACUGUUUAUUUAAAUUUGCCGGUAAUAAAUAUUUUUAUUUUUACUAGAAUUUUUAAGUAGAAAUGAAUAUUAAUAUAAAAAAUAUAAAUAUAUAAACUGAUGAAAUGAAUGAUAAAAAAAAAACAAUUAGAUUUUCUCUCGUCUAUGAUAAAUAUAAAAUUUUUUUCUUACAAAAGGGGUCUAAAAAUUAAAAAAAAAGCCCGGGAAAUAAUAAAAUUGUUUGUCAUUUAAAUAAAAUUAUCAAGGUGGUGAAAAGAAAAAAAUAAUUGUUACAGAAUAUCAUAGCGAUUGUAAAAUUUUGUCAUGUAUUUGUUUAUUGAUUGUUAAUUAUUUUUAUCAUUGUUAAAAAUAUAUUUAUUUAUGUUAAUCGGUACUCUGAAUUAAUAAUUGUAAAUAAAUAUUAAUUUAUGAGUGAUAAAUUAAAAAUUAUAAACAGGAAUCAUUUUAACCCAUUUAUUUAUUAUCAUUUUUUUUUAUCUAAACCGAAAAGUU